AACAUCUCGUUCGCUGGAGAAAAUUCUGGAUAACAGCUGAGAAUAUAAAACAAAGCGUUACGUUGUUUUGACAGUUCAGAGAUCAUAGCGUGAUAGUUGGCUGUCAAAUUUCUUCCAGUGAAUUUAUUGCUGUGCUGUUUAAAAGCGAAUCUUUUGGAGUUAUUAUUCAUUUCUUCGCUUGUUUACUUUGAUAUUUGAAAAUGGCCUACUCUCUAUUGCCUUUGUUGUCCCGUCGCUCUUGGUGGGAUAGUUUUGAUUAUCCAGCAACACUUCUUGACCAAAACUUUGGAAUGGGUCUGAUGGAUUCUGAUUUAUUGCCACCACGUCUCUAUCGUGGAUAUUUGCUUCGACCCAGGACCCAGCUGAACUUAGAUUCUUCUGGACAGUCCGAAGUCAAGAACGAUAAAGAUAACUUCGAGGUGAAAUUGAAUGUUAGCCACUUCAAGCCUGAUGAAAUAAGUGUGAAAACUGUUGAUAAUACUGUUGUUAUUCACGGAAAACACGAAGAAAAGACCGACGAACACGGAUUCAUUACCAGAGAGUUUACUCGACGCUACAUGUUGCCCGAUGGAACCGAACCUGAGACCGUGAAGUCUUCUCUUACUCCAAAUGGAAUUUUGGUCAUCGAAGCUCCUAAAAAAGCCAUUGAACCACCUCCAACUGAUGAGAAAAUCAUUCCAAUUACUAUUCAGAAGCCUGAGGGUAAUUAGAACUUUUAGAGACUUUAUAUUUAAUGAACUGGAAUAUUUGAUGUUCUAAUAACUAGGUGUUAUUAAUAGUAUUACCUAUUAGGAAUUAUAAUACCCGUUUGGAAUUAUAAUACCUGUGAUAAAGCAUUAUGUUGUCAACAUCAUUCUGUAAGUAAUCUCAUAUUUGUAAACAUUGAACGUUCGUUAAUAAAUUUAAUUGAAAUUA